AAACUGUCUUUUUCUCCAACGUAACCAAGAAAACGGAAGUGACGUAGAUCAGCAGCAUUUUCUUCCGCUCUCUUUUCGUUGAGGCUCAGCUAGCGGCCGGCCUGCAAACAUGCAGAUCUUCGUGAAAACGUUGACGGGGAAGACCAUCACCCUUGAGGUUGAGCCCAGCGACACUAUCGAAAAUGUCAAGGCAAAAAUCCAAGAUAAGGAAGGUAUUCCUCCAGAUCAGCAGCGUCUGAUCUUUGCUGGAAAACAGCUGGAAGACGGACGCACACUGUCAGACUACAACAUCCAGAAAGAAUCAACCCUCCACCUGGUUCUCCGUCUGCGCGGCGGCAUCAUCGAGCCGUCACUCAGACAGCUGGCCCAGAAGUACAACUGCGACAAGAUGAUCUGCCGCAAGUGCUACGCCCGUCUGCACCCUCGUGCUGUGAACUGCCGCAAGAAGAAGUGCGGACACACCAACAACCUUCGCCCCAAGAAGAAGCUGAAGUAAACGCUUUGGUUGGAUUGGCACUGUGCGCCAUUUUGCGUUAAAUAAAUAAGAAAAUUAUGUUUCCA